AUGAUGAUGAAGAUGAUGAUGGAGAUGAUGAUGUUCAUGAUGCAGAUGAUGAUAUUGAUGAGGAUGCCGGUGCUGCUGCUGAUGACGACGCAGAGAGCUGCGUCGCCCGACCCCGGGUCAGGACCCUCCCGGACGCACUCCCCCCGCGCCGAGUCGGAGCCGGACAUGGAGGCCAGCGACAGGUCCACACCCAGCCAGAGCGUGCUCGACAAACUGAAGCAGCAGGUGGCCGACGUCACUGGCGACAUGCGCUCUGACGUCACUGGUGACAGGCGCUCUGACGUCACUGGUGACAGGCGCGGCAAGCUGGUGCCGCUGCCCGGCCUGGGUCUGGCCGGGUACGGCGGGUCUGGCGGCCGGGCCAGCAGCUCGCCGCCGGCCCGUGACACGGUCAGCCCGCCGGUCAACUCAGCGGCACAGUCGCCCCGCCAGGGCAGCGCCAAUCACGCCUCCUGGAACUACGAGGAACAGUUCAAACAGCUGUACGAGAUCGAUGACAACCCGAUGCGGAAGGAGUUCCUGGACGGGCUGUUCCAGUUCAUGCAGGACCGAGGGACUCCGAUAAACCGUCUGCCAAUCAUGGCGAAGCAGGUGUUGGACAUGUACGAGCUGUACAACUUGGUGGUGGCGCAGGGCGGUCUUGUGCAGGUCAUCAACAAGAAGCUGUGGCAGGAGAUCAUUAAGGGCCUGAAGCUGCCCUCCUCCAUCACCUCCGCAGCCUUCACCCUGCGCACACAGUACAUGAAGUACCUGUACCCGUACGAGUGUCAGAAGCAGGGCCUCAGCAGCCCGUCCGAGCUGCAGGUGGCUAUCGACGGUAACCGGCGCGAGGGCCGCCGAAGCACCUACAACAACGCCUCCUACGCCGACCUGAUGCAGAGGUCACCACUGAUGGCCGGAUCGAUGGCCCAGUCGUUUGGACUCGCGAACGGGCUGCCAACGACACUGCAGCAGUCGGGACUG